AUGGCUUUUUCAAACAACCUCGUGGAAGGAUUGGAGUGGGCUCUGAGUGCUGACCUUGUGAGCCUUGGUGUCUCGGUCUUGGGUCUGGGAGUGUUGUCCCACGUCUCAAUUUUCCGCACAUUGCCUGUUGAGGAAUACUUGCUGGGGACUCUUGGCCUGUCUCUCCUGGCGGUGCUUACAAUUUGUCUUGCAUAUUUAUUUGUCACGGGAUUCACGGUGCUGCAGGUGUUGACGCGAGUGACUUUGAUUGUCUCCUCGUUCAAUGUGGGACUCGCAUCCAGCAUUGGAAUAUAUCGGCUAUUCUUCCAUCGACUUCAUCGGUUUCCCGGUCCGAUACUCUCGAAGCUCUCUCGCUUCUACGAUGCUUAUCUCGCAGGAAAGUCCAUUCAAUACAACGUCGAGAUCGAGAAACUCCACCACACCUAUGGAGACUUUAUUCGAACUGGUCCGCGCGAAAUUUGCAUUGUUCGAAAGUCCGCUGUUCCGUUGAUAUUUGGCCCCAACUCGAAAUGUCGCAAAUCCACAUACUAUGCUCAGGCGUCGACGGAGUCCCAAAACUGCUCUGUGCACCAUACACGCGAUAUCGAUGAUCAUCGCAAACGUCGCAAGGCAUGGGACCGCGGGUUCAGUAUCAAAGCUCUUGCAACAUACGAGCCCCGUGUCAAGGCCAAGGCAGAUCAACUAGCUUUGCAUCUCAACAAGAAUCUAGGACAGCCUAUCGAUGCCAGCGCUUGGGCGAUGUUCUUGAGUUUCGACAUCAUGGGAGCAGUCGGCUUUGGAAAAGAGUUCAACAAUCUUGGUACUGGAAUCGAGCACCCCGCGAUCAAAGGCGUCCAUGACCACAUGGGUAUUCUUGGUGUCCUGGGCCAUGUUCCAUGGUUCUUGAACCUUGCAAGUCGCAUUCCAGGCGCAGCGUCAGGGUACUCCAGUUUCUUCAAAUGGUGCGGCGAUGAGAUUGAGCGAAAGCAAAAGGAUUGGAGCGCGGAUGAAACACCCCAGGAUGUUGUUUCCUGGCUCCUGAAGGCAUACGUGGAAAAGGAUGUAUCGGCAGCCCCAUCCGAGGCAGCUCUCCACGAAGACUCGCGCGUUGUUAUUGUCGCUGGUAGUGAGACCACGGCAACUACCUUGGCCUCGGUGCUUUACUAUCUGGUAAAGAACCCUGCAGUAUUGGAGAAGCUGCAACGACAAUUGGAUGACGCUAUGCCGGCUGGUGAGGAUGAAUGGUCCUACGAGAAGGUCAAGUCGGUUAGUUACCUCGAUGAUAUCAUUCAGGAAACCCUGCGUCUGCGACCGGCAGUCAUGACCGGGGGAUACCGUGUUACCCCAGCAGAAGGUAUCAUGGUGGAUCAAGUACAUAUCCCUGGUGAUGUCAAUGUCUUUGUUCCGGUUCAGUUGGUCCAAACUGAUGAAAGAUAUUACACAAAUGCAAAAGAGUUUGUGCCGGAGCGAUGGGGUGAAAAGAAAGAGAUGUGUGCGGAUGGUGCACCAUUCUUCCCGUUCGUACUUGGCCCUUAUAGUUGCCCUGGAAAGAACUUGGCAAUGAUGAGCCUUCGGAUCUCUCUUUCAACGUUGAUACAGUCUUUCAAUAUUCAACUCGCUCCUGGUGAAAGCGGCGAAGCUUUUGAAAAGCACACCUUAGAUACCUUCACCACUACGCUGCCUUCCUUGCAACUUCAAUUUAAGCGUCGUUGA